AUGUCGGAAACCUCACAUCCAUCUCGCGAUCCAAAAAAUCUCAGCGAACCAUUCGCAGUCAUCGAAUUUCUCGAGAAAAACGAAAAAGGGCUACCAUGCAUUGAUUUGGUGCCGAAAAAAUGGUUUAAUAGUGCAGAAGAAGACACCUGUAAAUUCCCACCGACAACUGAAUAUCAUCUACUUGACGACUACUUGGAAAAAUUGCACUCGCCCAAGGACUCUUGGCAAAGUUAUCCAUUUUGCUUCAUCACCGGAGCAGCUGAUUUGGAUCAGGGUCGCAGAAGAUUAAAAAAGGCCCAAGUAACUCUCAACUGUGAGACAACCGAUGGUGAAAAUGAUCGAAAGGGGGGGAGGUCCGAAACUUCCUCGAAAGCAAAAAUUUCAGCAAAACCCUUAACUGCAUCAAAGUCUCAACUAAACAACAUCUUUAGUACUAAAAUCCCGAUUCCACCUAGAAAUCAAACUCCAAAGUCUGGUAUACAAGCAAAACCAAAGACAAGAUUUCAAAGCAUUUACCAGAGUGGAUCUGACUCUGAAGACGAAAAUCAUGAUUGUCUUAUAGCUAAUCCUGAGGAGAUUCGAGCCUCAAAGGCUCAAAAUAAUUCUGGCUUUUUGCAAAUGUCGAGUAAAUCGCGAUCUGUACCAACAGGUGCAUGUUUAUCAUUUAAACAGCGGUCAAGGAAGAAUAUUACUUUGCUUAAAGACGUCGAAACUGAUGAAUCUGAGAGCAAUGAUUCCUCCGAUGGAAUUCUGCAGUCACCUACAAAAUCGAUGGACUCAGCGAGAAAUACAAGAAAAGAACUUCAUUUGACACCUCCUUCACCACUAGUCCAUAACGCUUCAGGUAACCGAAAAAGGCGUGCAUCGUCUACUACACGCGCUGAAGACGGAUUGAAUUCGAUUGUGAGCCCAGGAACUCCAAAAACUUCACGAUCAAUGAUGGUACCCCUGCUAAGAUGCCAAAAAUGCUGGGACCACAAAACCAGUUGUCAUCUAGUCAUUAUGCUGAUAAUGAACGUCGAAUCCUGAACUCCCUUCGAGAUUACUUUGAUCAGCAAUUAGAUGAAAAGCUCGAAAAUUUAAGACGCAGGAUGGCUUACGAUUUAAAGCAGUCUAUGAAUGAGCUCAAGACCACAAUCAUUGGCACUAAUCUAGCCCCAGCUUCUGGUCCUAGCUUGCUUGAAAUACAGAAGCAGAUGUCUACGCCACUACCAUUUGAAAUGGAUGAUAAGUUCCAGGAAUACGAAGCGAUAUUGACAACGGACCCAAAUCUCGUAGAAACACUGCGAUUAUUCAUGAGAGUUUUGAUAAGCAAUAAAAAAGAGAUGAAAAUAUGUGUUUCCACUAUCCUAUCUGCGGUUCUGAGGAAGACAGUGUCACUGCACUAUUCUGGUUACGGAAAGGAAGCUGGCGGAAAGAAAAAGAAAAAUUUUUAUAACACUACAGUAUGCAAAGUACUGAUUGAUGUGAUAAUUGAGGUAAUAGGAUCCAGCACUGAUGAGAAGAAGAUAAUGUCAGAAGUAAGUACUUGGUUGUCACGUUCUGGCGAUCGAGAGGGUGGGCGUAAGGAACGACAACGCGGGUCAAGUCAUCAUAACGAGAAUAAUUCAGUUUGUUCCUUUGAUACCAAUCGAUAAUACUUCAUUUUUCCGGGAUAAAUGGAAUUGUAAAAUCACUGUGUUAAUAUGACUCCAUUAGUUCAUUUUCGUAAUUGUAUUAGUUGUGAUAUUCUUGAUAAAAGGUACGAUUAAUAGGAAAAGUUUAUAUUAUCAAUAUAUUUUUAUCGCGAGGCGUUUCAUUGGGCAGAAUAUAUAUUAAUAUAUGAAUAUUGUUUAGUAUUCGGCUGUCAUUGAAGUAUUAAUUAUAUUUAUUAUAUUUCUCCUGGCGAGGUCGGAAAUCCAGAAGAUGGAAAUAACAAUUGGAAAAUGUGAUGUAUCUUAGCAUAAUAAAGUAUUUUCUAUGUCAUUUCCUCAUAAGUUAGAUCACGGGAAUAAAUAUCCGUUGUUGGUUCAGGGAUUAAAUAUUAUGUCCAAAAGUUUAAAGGGAAAAAUAAUAAGUGGAUUUUUAAUUUUUAAGAAAAAUUCUAAUGAAAGUAAUUUCAGCCAUUGAGAGCUGUUUUCAGUAUUUGGUGAUUCAAGUCAAAUAAUAUUUAUAAGGUUGAAGUUUCACAAUCGGACUGCGUCCAUAUUCCCCAAAGAUUUCAAAUUUAAGGGUUGAAAUUAAUUAGUUAUAUGUAAUCCUAUCCAAGACUUUUUUAUAUUUCUAAGUUUGUUUGAAAGAGUGAAUAUAAUAAGCAAUAUUAUAUAGAACUAGCACACAAUCAAUGCAACUAAAUAUCAUUCUGUGUUCCGGAGUUGCAGAUGGAGAAGACAUUAUUGUAAAAAAAGGACGUCUUUCCGAGAUGAAAAAAUAAUUCUUAUCAGGAUAAUUCGUAUCAGCAAUUGUCUAUGGAUAUAAGAAUUAAUUCUUAUCAUCCAUAGCGGAAUAAAUUAUCCAUAAUAUUGCUAUUAUAAUGACUGUUUUCAUGCUUGAAUUGAAGCACGAUAAUUUAUCAAUUCUAAACUACUAAUUUAAAAAAUAACAUUGGUGCGUUAUUUUGUUGGAUAUUUUGUUAAUACAAUCUUCGAAUUCUGAAGACUGACUGCUAAUAUUAUUAGAUUGUAAGAGAGAGUUUAUUAAGACUUAAUAUGGUAUGUCGUAUUAAAUUUCGGAUUCAAAUGAUCUACGUAGAUUAUUUAUUUUAAAAGCGGAUGAAAAUAAUCCACAAAAGAUUUUUCUACAAUUUAUACCUGCAAUCAUUUUUUUGAGUUUUCAUAUUCUGUUCGCGGAAAAAUCUCAUAGUUGUGAUUAUCUUUCAUGAAAAUUGGAGAUACAAACACUGCAUAUCUUUAACUGUUCAACCAAAAUCGGAUGAAAACAUGUACUAUGUCGAUAGGAGGAAAAAAGUUUUUGAUUGGAGGAGUUUUUUUGUCAAUAGAUUUAAUAAAUUUAAAUAUAAGUUUUGUCACAUAAUAAAACUGUUUUCUGUAUAAUGUUGAAGGUAAUAAAUACAUGUCUGCUUAUCAGA